CAAAAGCGGGAGCGCAGACUGAGCAGAGUGGAUGCGUGAGAGCUGACAGAGGAGCAGGAGACAGACCAGAGCAAGCUCUUUGCAGUGGCAUGUGGAUGCAAUAAAAAGUAGCCUUCUAGUGCCCCAUCAGUGUCCGAUCAGAAGAUACAAGUAUAGAGGAGAGGAGCGGAAGGAAAACGGAGCUCCUGUUCGUCCCCCCGCUUCAGCACCGCAGGGAGGAGACACGCAGAGGAGGAAAGAUUCCCCUAAACGCAGUGAAAGCGUCGGAUGAGGAGAAGAGGAGAGCGGAGGGCAUUGGAUAGGUAACAACAAGGAUGGCAGCUCCAGACUUAUUGGACCCUAAAUCCGCCACUCACAACACCAAGCCCCGCCUCUCCUUCUCCACAAAGCCAAUCACACUGACUCCCCGGGAGGAGAGUGAGGUGGUUGCCACAGUGAUGAAAUGGAAGACGGUGUCAGCCAUCUUUCUUUUGGUGGUUCUGUACCUGGUGAUUGGAGCAGCAGUCUUCAGAUCCCUGGAGCAGCCUCAUGAGAGCGCCCAGCGUUUGGCCAUCCUGUCCCAGAAGCUGGAGUUCCUAUCUAGACACUCCUGUGUCAACCAGACCCAGCUGGAGGAGCUGGUUAAGCAAGUUGUGUCUGCUAUCCGUUCAGGAGUGAACCCUGCAGGGACGCUGACCAACCACAGCAGCCUGUGGGACCUGAGCUCUGCCUUCUUCUUCGCUGGGACUGUCAUCACCACCAUCGGUUUUGGGAACAUCUCUCCCCACACAGAAUGUGGAAGGAUCUUUUGUAUCAUCUAUGCGUUGCUGGGGAUACCUCUGUUCGGCUUCCUGUUGGCUGGUGUAGGAGAUCAGUUCGGCACCAUAUUCGGCAAGGGAAUCGCCAGAGUGGAGAAAAUGUUUGUGCACUGGAACAUCACUCAGACAAAGAUCCGGGUCAUCUCCACCCUUCUGUUUGUGCUGUUCGGCUGCCUGCUGUUUGUGGCGCUCCCAGCAGCCAUCUUUAAACACAUCGAGGGCUGGUCUGCGCUGGAGUCUCUGUACUUUGUGGUCAUCACCCUGACCACCAUAGGAUUUGGAGACUUUGUGGCAGGUGGCUCAGAAAUAGAGUACUUAGAUUACUAUAAACCAGUUGUAUGGUUCUGGAUUCUGGUGGGACUUGCCUACUUUGCUGCCAUCCUCAGCAUGAUAGGAGACUGGUUCAGAGUCAUCUCCAAGAGGACGAAAGAAGAGGUAGGAGAGAUCCGAGCUCAUGCUGCAGAGUGGACGGCCAACGUCUCAGCAGAGUUCAAAGAAACACGGCGACGUGUUAGUGUUGAGAUCUACGAUAAGUUCCAGCGUGCCACCUCGAUUAAACGCAAACUGUCCUCUGACUUGGGAUCCAGUCCUGGCCCUGAGCUCACUCUGCCGAAGAGGACCGUGUUGGUCAAUUUCAACGAUGAACGAGACAGAAACGAGAGGGAGGCUGGGCAGCAGGGCCUUGUGACAUCUCCGUCUAGAAAUGGCGGUUUGCUCAUCAACGGUUUGGACCCAGAGAGAGGAGACAACUCAGUCACUGAACACCUCAAGUAGAAAGAAGACAAUCAACACCUCUCAAGAUCUUUCCAGUCGUCAUCAUAGGAGGCAUCAGUGCUGAGAAUUAAGUUUUUUAUUCACAAAGGAAAUAAUAAUGAGAACAUGGUACUUUGUGACCCCAGCAGGGACACCAUCACCCUGCAGGGAUGUAAGCCUUGUUAAAAAAUACCUUGGAUUUUUGACAACGGGACACUUGUCACCACCCUCACCCUGCCAGUGAAACAAAGAGCAAGAAGAAGAACAUCCAGAAUAUGAACUGUUCUUGUUGAAAAAAUGCAUUUACUGGGUGUCUGUCAACUAAACCUCACUCAGAUCUUGGAGUAAAGCAAAGUCAUCCAUAGAUGAAGAUUCAGGAUCGGUUAAAAAUGUUCUGAAGGUCAAAGGAAAUUGACAUUUCCACACACUGCAUACAUAAAAUUACAGCAUUCGGUGAACUAAUAUGCUCAUAGUGCCUGUCUGUGUUUGCAGCAACCCUGUAUUUUACAUUUUAGACAAUUUAUGAUACAUAUUAUGACACAGAUUUACAACUUAUGAACAGUUUUCUUUUAAUUUAAUUUUCUUUCUUGAUUAGACAGUUGAUAGUAUAGAGGCAGACAAGAGCCAUGGGGGGCCAUAGAGAAAGAGGGGGAUGUGGCAUGUAACAGAGGUCCUCGGCUGUGAUCAAACCUUGGACGGUGCAGUUAUAUGGUGUUUGGCUUUACCCCUCAGCCAUGUUUUUAAGAAAGACAUCGCUGUCUGCCUUUUGAAUGCAGAAUGACACUGACAAUCACAGAAGACUGAACUGAAACAAUAAAUGACAUGUAAGAGAUGAUACUUGUAUGGUUUACAGAUCCUCGUACUCAAUGGUUCCAUCAAAUUAGCACCCACGGAUGUUGUAACAUACUUAAUGUUAAGUUACAUAGGUUAGGUUUUGGAAAGUAGUUACAUAGGUAAUGGUUAGGAAAAGAAACAUGGUGAUGGCUGAGCUUAAUUUAAAACACUUUUGACUUGGUUUCACUUGGGACACAAACACUGCUCUCCUGGGGGAAAGUCCUGUGUUGUUUGACCACAUCCACCAUCCCAAUCUGCAUCCUUACACAGAAUUUUUGUCUUUAAAUGACUUCCUUCUUUACUCCUGUGAGCACAUUAGUCACGUGAUUGCAGCAUUGACGAUUACGUUGGUUUAAAAGAUGAUUUUUUUUGGCUUUUUGCCUUUAUUAGAUAAGACAGUCUAAGUGCGACGGGGGAGAGAGGGGUGAUGGCAUGCAGCAGGGGGACACAGACUGGAAUUGAGCCUGCAUGUGUGCCGCUGUAGCAAGGACAUUGCCUUAGUAUAUGGGACACCUACUCUACCCACUAAGCACCCCGAUUAUAUGGGUUUUAGAUGAAUUACUGGCUUGUGAUUACGUGGGUUAUAUACAAAUUGUGGCGCAGUACUUUUCGUAGGAAUACAUACAAAGAGUGCAUGACAACAGCCUGACAUGGAGGGAUGUGAUAUCAGAUUUGUAAAAAUUACAGAAGAUGAUGAACUUCAAGAUGGAGGCCUUUGAAGCAGAGAGACGGAUAUUAUGCUACAUGACUGUUAAGAAUGUAAAGACGUUGAGAUGGUGAGAUAUGAUUGUUGUUUGAACUACAUGAGAUGAAGCAGUGUGCUACUGAACUACAAAGAUGGAGGACUGUGAUGUUGAUCAAUAUGCAAACUCUGAACAAAGUGAAUCUCUACAUUGAGCUCAUAUUCAAGACAUAUUUAUCUGAUUUCCAACCUGGGAGAAGUUGAUAACUUACCAGAGAGAAAUUUCACUCAUGAACCAAAACUGUAAUCAACUGAAUGUAUUCUGGAAUCUAGAGGGUUUCUUUCUGGUUUCGUGAUGCCCAUUUUAGAGAGUAACUUAAAGAUACACUAUGCAGGACUUUCCUAAAAAAGUGUAUGAACUCACACGGAAGUGAUCCCUCUCAGUCAUCACUCAUGACCCACUACAGGAGUGUGGCGGUGUGUUGUUAUGCCCACUGUCUGUACUUUCCUUAUUUUCUUCUUACCUUCUGUGUUAGGAAAACUUAUGGGCGUGUUCUCCCAUAGCACUCGGGUGCAGCUGGGGCUUUGUAAACAGGUAGCAAUCAGGCAUACAGGGCACAGCCCCCCUCAAUAUCAACAACAUGUGCAUUGGUAACAUGAAAUUAACAGGAUGCACCAGGAUGCUGGAAAUUUAGUGUUUGAUGUAUCAUAUGUCAUAUGUCUCUACCUUGUCUUUAAACAGGAGGAUGUGUAGCUUCUGAUCAGAGCCAAUGAUUUAAAGAGUUUGACCAAUGUGGUUUCCAGUCAUGUUGGUCCUACAGUCCUGUUGUUUGGACUGUAGUUAAGUCUUUACUCUAAGUUUCUUUAGAUUUUUUUUUACUAUGUCUUCAUCACAUCAUUUUGGUUUUGAAUGCCACCAGCUUUUCUUAUUUUUACAGAAGAGGAAUGAGUGUGUCAGUCUGACUCUGGAUGUAGUUUACAAAGAAAUUGUGCUGAAUGUCAUUUUAUGAGGAGAUGUGUCAAACCAUUGCUGUGCCUUAAACUCUUUACUCCGCCAAGCACAACACACUGUGAGGUGGACAGCUGAUGUAACAAGUGUUCAUGCUUAUUCAUGUGUUAUCAGUGACAAUGUUGUUUACUUACACUGCUGAAAACUCGGUGUGCUGGGGUUUAUCCUGGUUAACAAACUUAAGUUAGCUGUCCCACUGGCCUGGCUGUAUUUUCUAUAGUAAUAUAAUUUAUAUGGCUCAGUGGAUUAAAUAAGAAAACUUGAUUCUAGGUUCGACUGUUUUAUCUGUUUUAGUGGCUGAGGGCUCAUGUUCACAUAUUGUGUUUCUAUUUACUCUCUGCUGACAAACCUGAAGCUGCUAUUCUCUAGUAGCACAAUGAGGUGUGACGUAUAUUCAUUUUACAGAUUUCAUGUCUAUUUACUUCCGGUCAGCUCUACAGUAAUGUAACAUUCGCCUCCGACCUUAGUGAUCAUAUUGACAAUAAUGUUUUUAAAUAAAGCGGUUACCCAGUUAGCAAGCUUAACUGGCUACUAAAAUGAAGAGAGCAUCAUUAAGUUUACUAGGUGGGCAGUCAACUCUGUAGAGCUUUGGUGCUCACUUUUGCAUAACAGAGUAUGUCCAUAAAUUUAAAUUUAAAGUGCAGAGUGUAAAAAAGAGCCAUAGCUGCCUAAUGUUAGCUUAACUCCAAAAAUCGGGCUAGGUUUGUUACUCUGAAUGACUGACGUAACGGUUACCUUCUCAGACACUGAGAUGAUUAUCGAGAUGAUCAAAAUCACUUUACAAAAACAAACAGUAAAUAUGUUAUUGAAAUACUAAUUGACUGACAUACAACGUCUUUCAAAAGCCAGCAGUAAACUCCAUAGAGCUGACCGCCCAGCGUUUAGGCAAUGGUUUUAUUUUACACACGGUGCUUUAAAGAGCUGAAAAAAAAAAAGAUUGACUGACGUACACUGUCUUGAGAGAGCGAACAGUAAAGCUCCACGGGACAGAGUUUAUCUAAGUUAAGGAUGAAAUAGAACUGUGAUCACUAAGGUUAGAGGUGAAGAUAACCUUACUGUAGAGUUGACAAGAAGUAAACAGACAUUACGUUCGUAAAAGGUAUACAUCACACCAUAUUGUGCAAGUAGAGAAUAAUGUAACGCAAUGAAUUCCUUCUCUGUGUGAUGCUGGCAAAUGAAAUGUAUCUAAACUCUAUAGAUGGAUAAUGCCAUCCCAAUCUUAGGUGUCACCGUGGAUGCUUAAUGCCCACCCUCUGGUUCCCCCCAGGGUUAAUGCCAUUAGCUCAGUCAGCACUGUUGCCGUUGUUUGCACUGUUUGUGCUGUUACCAGCGUCAGCUGCUAGCCGCUGGCUCAGCCACAUCCAUGUUGAAAGCCGUGUGCAAACAAUCGUGGACUCUGAAUCAUAGAUAUACUCUGAAUGUUGUUUACAGCUCCUUUAAGAGUACGAGUGGAAACAUCAUUCCUUUGUGUUUACAUCGUUGAUGGUUUGAGUUACAGAUGUGAAUUUGCACAUUGACAUGUCAGUAUAUUGAUGUUAUACAAUAUAAAUUCAGUUUGACUGCAUAGCUUUCACUCCCUCUCGGUCUGUCUCUCACAUACUCACACAAUGAGGGUUAUCUUCCAUUUGCGUACGCCUGCCAUUGAAAAUGCACUUUGAUUUAAAAGCCUUUGAACAAAACAACAUGCCAUCCACUCCAUCCAAUCCUAAGGCGUUGACUUAGUUGUUGGUAUGGCAUCAACAACAACUACACAGUUUAACACACAAACCUUUCUCUCUAAUGAUCUAAGCAAGAGAAUUUAACCCUCAGAGUGUUACCCACAUACACAAGGAGUAUGUACCAUUUUAUAUCUGAUGGCUAGACCAGGUCAACAACUUAACGAAAUGAGUCACAAUGAGAAUUUACAAAGAGGGUUUUGAAGCAAUGUAGUGGAUAUAAUGACAAAGAAAACUAGAAAUAUGUCUAUGGCGCAGCUUGUAGUUUGACACCAACAAUACAACAGCAGGUUGAGAACAGCAGGUAAAAAUCACAAUGAAUCAGAAAACUUGCUGCAAGAAUUCAGUACAGAUUCAAUUAUUUGAUCUUUUUCCAGUUCUGAUCGACUUGUAUCUGUGAGAAAUUACGCUUUACUUCUACUGGAUGCUCUGAUGGGUCUUUAAGGACCCCACUGGACGUUAAAAAGGGUGAUGGUGCAGCAGGAGAGUCCUGUAGAUGUUUUUGACUUGUACCAUGGCAGACUAUAGCAGUCUGUAUGAGUCAGUACUAACACUGAAUGGAAACAGUAGUGGCGUUACACUGUGUAGUAGCUCGUUGGUCUUUGCCUUCUUCCUGUUAGCAAACAUAUGACAUUGUUACACAAUCAUCCUUUUUUAGCUGUGCUAAAAUGAAACUAACUUUUUUUUUCUGUUAGUGUGCUGAAUAUGUUGAUGCUUUUUAUGAUGAUGAAAGCUGUAUUUUUCUAAACUGUAUGUUUGUGCUUACAGAUGUGAGUCUGGCAGAACACAUUGUAAUAAUAAUAAUACUGUCUGUAGAGCUAAUCCAAACACAAUGUAACAAAGACUUUUGUACGA